GUGGGUGGGGUUAUAGAUGAAACAAGAUGGCCUUCAGUUGGUAAUUGUUGAAGCUGGGUGAUUGUUGUAGGUUUAUAAUACUCUUCCUUCUACAUUUUUAUUUAUUUGAAAUUAUCCUUAAUAAAAAGUAUAAAAAAGACAGUUACUUUAUUGAAAAUCAGGAUAAAUGUACAGUAAAGUAAAUUUGAAAAUACAACUACAAGAAGGGAAAAAGAAACAUUUGCACAUUAUUUAUCAGCUAUGGUAUCCUUAGUGUGUGAUAAAAUGCACUGGUUGAUAAAGAAAAAAAGGUUCUCAUAUCUUUUUAUUUUAUGUCCUUUUCUGUCCCCUUCUUUGACCUUCCAGGCCAUCAUCAGAAAAGCUAAGUUUGCUGUAUAAUAAGGAUCAGAAGAUCUGAUCCUGGUUGCAGAAUCAUCCCUGAUUACAGAAUCUGGUGGUUGGAAUAAAAACAGGGUUGAAUGAGUUCCAGAAAGCAGGGUUCUCAAACUCGUGGACAACAAUCUGCAGAAGAAGACAACUUCAAAAAACCAAGUAGAAGCAAUAUGCAGAGAAGUAAGAUGAGAGGGGCCUCUUCAGGAAAGAAGACUGCUGGUUCACAGCAGAAGAAUGUGGAACCAGCUCUCCCAGGCAGAUGGGGGGGUCGCUCUGCAGAGAACCCCCCUUCAGGAUCAGUGAGGAAGACAAGAAAGAACAAACAGAAGACUCCUGGAAAUGGAGAUGGUGGCAGUACCAGCGAAGCACCUCAGCCACCUCGGAAGAAAAGGGCCCGGGCAGACCCCACUGUCGAAAGUGAGGAGGCAUUUAAGAAUAGAAUGGAAGUUAAAGUGAAGAUUCCUGAAGAAUUAAAACCAUGGCUUGUUGAGGACUGGGACUUAGUUACCAGGCAGAAGCAGCUGUUUCAACUCCCUGCUAAGAAAAAUGUAGAUGCUAUUCUGGAGGAGUACGCAAAUUGUAAGAAGUCGCAGGGAAAUGUUGAUAAUAAGGAAUAUGCAGUUAAUGAAGUUGUGGCAGGAAUAAAAGAAUAUUUCAAUGUGAUGUUGGGCACUCAGCUGCUCUACAAAUUUGAGAGGCCCCAGUAUGCCGAAAUCCUCUUGGCUCACCCUGAUGCGCCAAUGUCCCAGGUUUAUGGAGCCCCACAUCUACUGAGAUUAUUUGUAAGAAUCGGAGCAAUGUUGGCGUAUACGCCCCUUGAUGAGAAGAGCCUUGCAUUAUUGUUGGGCUAUUUGCAUGAUUUCCUAAAAUAUCUGGCAAAGAAUGCUGCGUCUCUGUUUACUGCCAGUGAUUACAAAGUGGCUUCAGCUGAGUACCACCGCAAAGCCCUGUGAGGGUCUAGUGACCACUCACUGUUAUGUCUGGUAUCUGUAAACACUCUUUUGGUUCUUAGUCUUUUUCUUGUAUAAUUGAUGUUCUUUAAAAUUGUUAAUGUAUAACAGGGCUUAUGUUUCAAUUUUGUUUUCUGUUUUGUUUUAAACAGAAAAUGAAAGGAGUACAAGCUCCUUUUCUCAUUUCAAAGUUGCUACCAGUGUACGCAGUAAUUAGACAAAGAAGAAACAUUCAAUAGAAUAUUUUAUUGCCUAGUUGACAACAUUGCUUGAAUGCUGGUGGUUCUAUCCCUUUGACACUACACAAUUUUCUAAUAUGCGUUAAUGCUCCAUGACAAAAUGCCCUGAUUCCUAGUGCCAAAGGUUCAACUUAAUGUAUAUACCCGAAAACCCAUGCAUUUGUGCUCUUUUUUUUUUUUAAUGGUGCUUGAAGUAAAACAGUCCAUCCUCUGCAAGUCCAUCUAUGUUGUUCCUUAGGCAUUCUCUCUCUGCUCAAAUUGUUGAAGGAUGGUGGUUUGUUUCAUGGUUUUUGUAUUUGAGUCUAAUGCACGUUCUAACAUGAUAGAGGCAAUGCAUUAUUGUGUAGCCACGGUUUUCUGGAGAAGUUGAUAUUUUAGGAAUUGUAUUUCAGAUCUUAAAUAAAAUUUGUUUCUAAAUUUCAAA